AUGACUUCUCUAAAAACAAUAUCAGAUUCAAAAGCAUUAAUACGCUUUGCAAUAGGUGUUGGCGUCAUCGGAAAGAUCAAUUUAAUAAUUUUACCCAAAUUAUUAGAGGAUUUGAUUUCAAAAUUUCCAUACCAGGACUAUUUAGCAGGUGAAUUUGUCUCCUACAUAUUGGCAAAGUUCUGCUUACCGAAAUAUCAGAAAAAUACAGUCUAUUUAAACAAAUUAUUGCAUAUGUGUCAUGAAACCAUUACAAAUAAAUCAUUUCGGCCAAAGAUACGCAAUACAAUAGUAUUACUAGGAUGGAUUGGAAAGAAGUAUCCAUCCAUGGAACACACCUCUGCACAGCAAUUUAUCGAUACUUUAGUGACAGCAAUAACAAAGCAUCAUAAUGACGCUUCAAUUGCGUGCUAUAGUUUUCUUAGAGAGUUUUUGCACUUUUCUCAUAAAGGAAAUCUUUUGGCAGAGAAAAAAGAUUCAAUAAAACGAGUCUUGACAACAGCGAAAUCAUCUGACAAGCAAAAUUCUGCGUUACUUAUACUUACUCUAUUAGCAAACGAGUGCCCAGAAAGCGUUGCUUCAAACGCUUCAGAUUUAAUGGAAAAUGCAGCAAAAUUUAUCAGCGGAAAGGAUUCAGUUUUACAGACAUCUGGACUUAGAUUACUAAUCGCUUUAUCUCCUCUUGAUCCUCUUUUGUAUCGAACAAAAUAUUCUUCAAUGGUCUCAAAAUUACUAUUCAAAACAGGAAAACUAGCAUUAACUGUCCUUAGUGUUCCUGUUUUUACCCAUUUCCCUGAUACUUUGUCAUUAGUUUCUUCUAAUAUUGUAUCAGCCGUUUCAUCUCUCUUUUCUUCAGACGAUUCCUUAUAUCAUGAAGCCGGAUUUCGCAUAUUAAUAGAGUUUUCCAAGUCAAUGCCAUUAGCAUUCGGUGAAUAUUCGAAUCAAAUUGCAAAAACAAUCUGUGAAGCUCCAAUUUGCAUCGAAUACGCAAACAACUGCAAAGAACUAUUCCAGAAAUCAAACAAACUAUGGAAUGACGUUCAAGAUUCACUUGUUAAAAAGAUAUGUAAUUUAAUUAACACAAAACCAUUCAUUUGUGCCAAAAUCAUACUCAAUUGCGGUGAUUUACGAAAGAUGAAUUACGAAUUACUCAGAGCACCGUUCAAAAAGCUUUACGAAACGACAACGAAUCAUAAUGUAAAAAUUUUGAUACCAAAAAUACUAAUUAAGCUUACUCCUGACAGGCAUGGUCCAUUCUUUAGUGAUAUGGCCGUAUAUCUUUUGAAAUCAUGCUGUAAUGAGUCUUCUAGAGAAAUCAGAUUAAGUAUUAUACAGGCGUUUACUAUGCCAGACCUAGAAGUAUUAGCUUUACCUCAUAACUUAUGGUAUUUCGAUGUUCUUUCUAACGACGAUGAUCCUAAAGUUUCAUCUGCAGUUAUUUCUUUGUUAAUUCAGAUCUCCGAGUACAAUCCCAUGAUGAUAUACCCAUUAUUUAGAAAGGUUAUCAUGGAUUCCCUAUUUUCCUUUAGUUAUUCCAACUCCUUGAUCAAUCAAGCUCAAUCUACAAUUGGCAGAUCACAAAUUUUGAGAAAUUGUCAACAGUUAUUGACAAUUUAUGCUCCAUGUAUAUUGCCAUUUGUCUUAGAUUUCCUUAAAACACGUAUUGUCCCUCACGAAGAGAAGUUAUUAGAUUCGAGAUUAUCAAAACUGACAUAUUUCGAAAUAGAGUCAUUAAACAUCAUUGCAGAGCAUUCCAUUGAUGUUAUUGGCAUUAUUUGCUCAUUCGAUUCAGAGCAACUCAAGCAAAACCAUUCCGAAAUCAUGCCACUUUUUAUUCGAAUUCUUUUAACUUACAACGAAGAAGGAGUCGAACUAAGUGUUUUAAAAGCAUUGAUACUGUUAAUAGACACUGUUGGAAUAUCAUUCAUUGAUGACAUGAAAUCGUUAAUCAAUGCUUUAUAUGAAUUCGGUUCAAAAACAGAAUCGAAAAUAUUGAGAGCAUUUCUUUUUAAAUUGCUUGGAAAAUUAGGUCCGCAUAUUCCUAAUUCAGAAACAUUGGAUAUCAAAGACAACGACAUAUUAGGAAAUAUCAGUCUCAUAGGUGGAGCAAUAACAUAUCAUGACUGGUAUUUACAAGUUGUUUCCACUGCUCUUUUGGAAUUAUUAGAUGAUGAAACUCAUCAAAGUGUUCAUUUCAAAGCUGCUGAAUUAAUGAGUGUUUCUUUGAAUUCGACAUCAAACAUUAUCAGACCAAUCUUUGAGAGAUACGUACAGAGAAUACUAAAAGAUGUUUAUACAGUACCUAAAGAUGAAGCACCAAGGUAUUUCUCGUUAAUAACUGUUGUCGUUUCUCAACAUGCUGAUUGGAUAAAACCUUUUGCAACACAGUUCAGUAAAUUAAUGGAAGAUAUGCAUGAAACAACGUUUUUGGACUCUGUUUUACCUUUGGUUCCUCCAAUUGUGAAAUGUUUCGAUGAAACAUUCGCUCCUUUCUUGAUAAAACACAUUCCUAAUUUGUUGGAUAUUAUACAAAACCAAUGUAUAGAAAAUCCAGAAAGAGCAAUUUUGGCAAUACAAGGUUUGACUCCGAUGAUUAAAUUUGUUUAUGAUUUCAACAACGUAAUUAUAAAUUCUUUGAUAAAUUUGUUGUUGAAUGCAUCUAUCCCUUGCUCAGUUAUCAAGUGCUGUUUGAACUCUUUGGCACAAAUGAGUGUUCAAAUCAAUAUCAACCCUUAUUUGUCUUCGAUCUUCAAAGUCUUUUGUUACCUCGCAAUGUCAAAUUCAUAUGAAAACAUAAAAAUUGACUUGUUUGUGUUGAUUAACACGAUUAUUGAGGAAACAGAUGACAAGAAGACAUCAUUUAGCACUUCUAUAGAUAACUUCUGCAGACAACAUAAUAUUGCUCAUGAAGCAACAUCAGUUGCAAUUGAUGAUAGUGAAAAUGACUCUUUGGAAUUGUUUUCUCCGUCAAUUUCGAUUUCUUUGGAUGAAAACGCAAUUAUUUCAAAAAUUAGAUCAGAUAACAAUGUAUCUGUAUCUCAAUGGAAGGAUUGGUGUACUAAUUUCAUCUCUUCUUUCAUUACAAACAGUCCUUCCCAUGUAAUUAAUAGUUGCAGCUGGAUUUCAACAAGUGAUCCGAAAUUUCCAAGUAAAAUCUUUCAUGCAGCAUUUCUGAGUUGUUGGAAUCAAAUGAGUUAUGAUACAAAAGUUGUUGUAUCAGGCUGUAUUCGUAAAUCUUUCUUAGUUGAAUCGGGUGCACCUAUAACUGUUGUUUUAACAAUGGUUGGUUUGUGCGAAUUCAUGGAAAGAAUCGAACAACAUUUGUUAAUUCCGUAUUUGGAAAUUGCUGCUGCCGCAAAAAGGUCUGAGAAACUCGCGUUCGCUUUGUACUGUGCAUGUAAGGAAAUACAGAAUGACGCAAGGUCAAACAAAGCCUUCGAAACAUGCAUUGACAUUUUCAGCCGUUUGUCGAUGGAAGAUGAUUUGAAAGGUUUGAUAAAAUCAAAUCUAAAAGUGUCGGAAAUGACAUUGCUUAUGGCGGAACAUCUUAGAGAUUGGAACAAAGUUGUCGAACUAGUUAAGAAUGAUAACCAAAACGUACCAACUUUGUUAAGAGCUUAUACGAAUUUGAUGAGAUUCAAUGAAGUAACAAAAUCUUUUGGUUCUUUCGAAAUUUUACAAGGUGUCGUCAAAACACAGACAAGUUUGAGUUUUGCAAAGGCUUUCUUCGCACAACAGAACUGGAGGAACUUCGAGAAAGCUAUGCAGUUCGCUCCAAAAGAAUCAAUUGAUUCAGUUAUAACUUCAAUGAUGGGUUUGGCAAAAAUGGGCAAAAAUGUGACAGAUUUAGAAGAAAAAGGAUUUUAUUUGUUGGCAAGCGCUGCAGGUCCAUUGAUUCCACAUGGAUUUGUUGCAGUUACUUCUUCAAUUAUUGCUGCACAAGAGUUAUGCGAAAUUUCUGAAUUUUCACGUGGAAAAUCGAAAUUUUGGAAAGAAAGGAAAAUUGAUGAAAAACUUCCAUUUGAAAUAACUCGACCUGUUUAUGAGAAUAGAAUCAAUCUUUUAGAAGGCGAAGAAAAGGUAAAUGAGCUCCUAAAAUUCAUGAAAAACGCGAGACAUUCAAAUGAUUGGGAUUUGCAUGAAAUAUUUUUAAACAGAUAUUUCCCAAACAUUGAUCCAGAAAAAGACAAUCCAAGAAUCAUUUUAGAGCACAUUUAUUCGCAAAUGAAUAGAAUGCACAUCAAGAACUACAAGCUCCUCGAUGAUUUGAUCAAUAGAUUGCCAGCAGGACCAUUAAAAUUCAAGAUCAUGUACAAGAAAGCAUCAUUUAUCAGUAGAAUGUCAAAUACUGAUGAUAUUCAACAACAUUUAAUGGAAGUUGUUGAUAUCUGUGGUUCUGUUGAUUCCUCUAAAGCACAAUAUCUUUGUGCAUGGGCUCACAUUCGCUUGUAUAACAUGAAAGAAGGAGAUCGUGCAUUGCAUGCCAUUUCUGCCAUCAAAAGUUUUGUUAAAUGUAUUUCUUUGGAAGGAAAAAGUCGAUUGCCAGAAGUCCAUCAGUUAUCAUCUAUUUUGUUUAGAUCUGGUAAAUUCCCACAAGUCUUCAAGUCCGUUAAAAUGGAUAUAGAAAGUUUAAGUAUCGAUCAAUGGAUCACAGUCACACCACAAAUCUUUGCACAAAUGGAUCAUGGCAUUCCAGAAAUCCGAAAAUUUGUUUUGGAAACAAUUUCACGAAUGCUAAUGAAACAUCAUCAUUCCACAUUAUUUAGUCUUUUGUAUGCAGUUACAAAUGACAACAACACAGCGAUUGCAGGCGAAUUACUUAAAAAAUUCGAAGAAGACCAUUUCGGAAUUGUCCAAGGUGCAAAAACAUUCCACAAAGGAUUAAUCAGAGCAUGCACAACGAAAGUCGAGUUGUGGGCAGAUGCAAUGAGUGCGAUGACCGUUCCUUUGAAGACUAACAACAUGAGACAAAUGAGAGCGAUAUUAAAUCCAUUGAUUGAUGAUUUGAGUUAUCCACAAACAGAUGAUGACCGUGCAUUUGCUAAAGAUUAUGGUCAAAUUGUUAAAUCAUUAGCCAUCGAAUUCAAGACAUUUAUGAAGAAUCCUAAUAAAGAAUCACUUGAAAAGAUGUGGAAGAUCUGUCGAGAUUUAUACAACCAACUUAAAAACGACAUCGAAAACACAGCAUUCAUCGAUGUCCCAAGUUUAUCACCAGAUCUCGCGAGUGUUCAAGAUAUCGACAUUGCAGUUCCAGGCACAUAUUUCAUUGGUCAACCAGUUAUCACUAUCAGUUUAGUUGGUCGAUCAAUGGAAGUUUUGAGAUCUAAACAACAUCCGAAACGAUUGUGUGUUAAAGGCUCUAAUGGUUUGGAAUACUGGUUCUUACUUAAAGGACACGAAGAUUUGCGACUUGAUCAGCGCGCUAUGCAAAUCUUCGAUCUUAUUAAUGCUCUUUUCGGCGGCCAAGUUCAACACAUUGUCACAUAUCAUGUCAUGCCUAUUUCUCUUGGUGCAGGUUUGAUUUCAUGGAUUAACGGAAGCGAUACAAUUGCAAAAGUUGUUCGAGAUUACAGGACAAACAGAGGAAUUCCAGUUGACGAAGAAUCUCGCUUAGUUUCAGAAGAAACAAUUCCACAGAUUGAUAGUUUGCUUCCUAUCCAACGUUAUGAAGCAUUAGUUGAUGUCGCUAACAAGACAUCAGACACUGUAUUAAGUGAUGCUAUUUGGUUUAACUCUACAACGAGUGAGAAAUGGCUUCAAAAGACAAAAACAUUUUGUCAAACGGCAGCUGUUAUGUCAAUUGCAGGAUACAUGUUAGGAUUAGGUGACAGACAUCCUUCUAACAUCAUGAUCUCGCAAUUGACAGGAACAGUUGUUCACAUUGAUUUAGGCGAUUGUUUCGAAGUUGCUAAAACGCGUGUCAUGUUUCCAGAAUUGAUUCCAUUUCGAUUGACACGAUUCAUGGUUCGUGCGUUAGGUCCGUGUGGUGUUGAUGGUGCAUUUAAGACAGCGUCUAAAGCAGUCAUCAAGACUAUUCGAGGACGAAGAGAGAGUAUCAUGGCAAUCUUAGAAAUCUUCGUUCAUUCCCCUCUUUCAUCCGAGUUUUCCAAAAUCAAGAGAGAAGAACCAUCCAUCUCUGUUUUCCUGGAUGAUGUCGAAGCAAUUGCCGAGAAACGCAGUGAAGAAGAAUCCAGUUCAUUGCGCACAGUCCGAAGAAUUGCAGACAAACUCGGUGGUCUUGAUUUCGGUUCAGAAAAACUUUCAUGCGAGAUGCAAGUCGACAAACUUAUUGAAGAAGCUACAGACUAUUAUAAUUUCGCACAUUUAUACCGAGGAUGGAAUCCACUUUGGUAA